AUGAAUCCAAAAUUGUACUUCAUUGCCUUGACGGUCAUAGCGGAGCUUUUUCUUAUGCAGUUGCCUUUGGGGGAAGCCAGGAGUGUCUCUAGUGCUGCAAUGCAGCAGAAGAUCGAGGAGAGCGGCAACAUUACGAAUACCACCAGGACUGACACUUCAAUCCAGAAACAGAACGAGACCCAGAACUCCUCUAUCAGCCUUUCAGUAUCGAAUGGAACAUCUGUAUCUGGGCUUUCGGCAUCUGUUGCCCCUCCUCAAUUAUCGCCAUCUGCUGUGAAGCAUAUCCGUCGCCAAAAGCGAGAAUAUUCAGUCGAUGUACCAUUUGAUUUUUUCACAAACCAUAUGCACUGCGACAUGGAUCAAGCGGGAACUAAUAAGGUUAUGAAAUUUUUCCCCUUUAAUUGCGUUUGGAUUGCAAACAAUCGCCACCAACACGAGGGCUGGUGGCGCAUUUACAUGCAAGCAUUGAUGGAGGCAUUCUUCUUUGGACAGUACUACGAGCGCUUGAGGCGCUUCGAGCUCGACCCGCACUCCUUCGACUACACGGGGGUGGGUAUGUAGUACUCUAUAGUCCCCCAUAAAAUGG